CACAGAAAAGGAGGAGCCGGGAACUUUGUGUGGAACUGACUAGAGGCACAAACAAGUGCAGUGCGGAGACCGAGGGGGGAAAGGGGGAAAGACAUUUUACUCCGCUCGCUUUUCCUCGGCUGGCUGGCUCCGAGAGGGGAUCGCUAUGUUUUCCAGCAGGCACCGUCUGGCGUUCCCCCUGCGUGCUCCCUUCGCGGAGAAGGUUAUGUACCACCAGCCAUGUUUGGAUUUCCAAGUACAAAGGGUCGUCCUGUGUGAAGUGAAGGAAGAGCAGCAAGAAAAUGCUUAAACGUGGAGGAAGAAAAUGUAGUCCUGGUUAAGUGCCCUCGGCAGAAGUAGAAAAGGAAAGGGAAGCUGGUAGCCCCGAACGCACCAGGUCACUAUGUGGAGCUGCGACGCCUUCAAUGGUACCAAAACCGUCCAGGGCCAGCAACUCUGCCAUGACUUCCACCUUACGCUUUCCAUAUUCUCUCUGCUCUACCUCAUCGUCUGCCUCCCAGUCGGCCUCUGCUACAACGCCCUCCUGGUCCUCGUCAACCUGUACAACAAGGCCACGAUGACCAUGCCGGACGUCUACUUCGUCAACAUCGCCAUCGCGGGCCUCAUCAUCAACGUCAUUGCGCCCACGUACCUCCUCGGGCCAGCCAGCGCGAAAUGGGCCAUCUUGAGUUUCAACAACGAAGUCUACAUCACGUUGCUGAUCCUGUUCAACGUGUCCUCUUUGGUGAUCAUGUACUCCACCACCCUGCUCAGCCUGGAUUACUACAUCGAACGGGCGCUGCCGAGAACUUACAUGUCCAGCGUGUACAACACCAAGCACGUCUGCGGGUUUAUCUGGGGCGGGGCCAUGCUGACCAGCUUCUCGUCCCUUCUGUUCUACAUCUGCAACCACGUCUCCACCAAAAUCAUCGAGUGCUCCAAAAUGCAGAACAAGGAAGCGGCUGACGCCAUCAUGGUGUUCAUCGGCUACGUUGUCCCCGCCACUGCCGUGCUGUACGCGCUUGUAUUGAUCUCCCGCAUCAGGAAGGAGGCGACACCGCUGGAUCAAGAUGCCGGACGGCUGGACCCAUCCGUGCACAGGCUUUUGAUCGCCACGGUCUGUACACAGUUCACACUGUGGACGCCUUAUUACGUAACUUUGCUCGUGAGCACGUUAACUAGCCUCCGAGGGAAGGCUCUGGAUGAAAAUUACAUCCAGAUACUACAUUUUACCCAGGGGCUGUCCAAAUUCCUGGCUUUCUCCAGCAGCUUCGUGAUGCCCCUGCUUUACCGAUACAUCAACAAAAACUUCCCACACAAACUGCGACGGCUGCUUAAAAAACUGCACUGCGGAAGCCACGGGUGCUCCCACGAACACACAGUGGUUCAACAAGUUAUCACGUAGGUGUGAACGGACACUGGUGGACCAGUCCCAGAUUGGUGAAGCUCCACGUCUCAGAGGCGGUCUGGAUAAGACGACCGCCUAGCAAGGAAACCGGAAAGGGGAAUGAAUGCCGCUAAGUCAGCAAAUCGCAGAUUUCACCGACGUAGAUAGCAAAGACGGUUGGAAAACUUUGCGGGGAGUCUGUUGGUGUAUUAUGACCCCUAGGGUUUUCAAAGAUUUGCAAUGCACUGAUCCAGUUACACAGUAUGAGCUUUGUUCUAGUUAUCCUACCAGGAGAAAAAAACAAUUACUAGAGGGUCAACUGAAGCUCUUACUGAACACCUAGCACUUUGUAAUCUUGUAGCGUUCAAAAGAGCUAUUUUCUAGGUUCCGUGUAAAAUAACAUGAUUUAAUUUUUUUAACAAAGUAGUGUUAUUUCGAGGUGGGGAGGACAGCCCCUUAUUAGCUGAUAACCUCCGUUCACGACCGCACUGUUCAAAAUGGCAUAAUGCUUUUAGCAACAGAGACAACAUUAAUUUUUGUAUUUAAUACUUAAUUCUUUCCCAAAUUCUCCAAAAUCCUGAACUAGCCGAAAUCGUUAUUUGCGAUUCUGAAACAGAUCGGUUGCUCGCAAUCGCCAGGCUAUAGCACUGAACCAAAAAAAGAGAACGAGUUACCCGUUUGUUCUUUCUGCACUGCAAAAACAGUUCAGUGACCCCCAAAGCAGCUUAUUUGCAGUUAAGGGGGGAAAUUAGCUUGACCAGGUGAAAUGAGAAAAUAGCGGUAUCCACAGAUUGAAGGUGAACACUGUUUUAUUUUAAUGAAUUACUUUGCGUGCCUGUGAUGAGCAUUCUUGAAAUAUUGCCUCUGUACUGGAAGAAGGGGAACCUUCCAUGUUUACACUGCAAGCUUAUUCUCUAAGUCAGCCCCUCUUCCAACAUGGUGUCCUUGGGCCCCAGGGUGGGGCCAGGUGGGAUAUGCCCCCAAACAGAUCUUUUGAUUGGCUGUGCAGAUGAAAAGACAUCCUUCUGCCUUAAAAGUUGAAGCAGUGUGCAUGACAUCACUCCCGAACGUUUUGUGACUGGCUCCGCCUCCUGCAGAAGCCAUUUUGUUCUUGUGCCUGCCUCCCUGUGUCCAAAUUCUAAGGGUGCUCGUUGGCUCAGAAAGGUUGGGAUCUCUGAUCUAGGUGCUGAUUGGCAGGAGACUUGCUUAGGCGUAUGACUGGAAGAGUCACUGGAUUGGGCAAAACAGCACCCCGUGUUGGCCUUCGUAGAGGCACAACAAUGUAGGAUCCAUUUUGAAAUUUGGGGCAAGUUUCUGUUUGUUUCUGGAAGGGGUGGUCACGUUAGUCUGUGGCGGGCAAAACAAAAAGAUCAUUGUACUUCCUGUGCCUUUGUUAUUUUAACAUAAUAGCACUCUUUCCUUCAAUACCCUCCCCCCCCCCCGUUUCCCCUGUUUGUGACUUGCAGAACCAUCCAAAGCUAAAGCUGGGCAGCCCGGAGAGGGCAGGACACGGUGCCAAUGUGGCGCUGCCCCGCUGCCUCCAAUAGGGCUUUCUGGUGGUGCAGAGAGCUCUGGAAAACCCCAAAACUCCCCUGCUGCCAGAAAGCCCCAUAGGAUUAAAAGGACAUGCACUACCAAAAGGCUGGCGUACGUCCAAGGGCUAGUGUGCCGCGCAACCAGCCUGAAACCCUGGAGAGGGAGUCAAUUAAUGUCGGGUCUGCCCCUGGGAAUGCCCUGGCCUGCCCCCUGCUGGUGUCUCAGCAGGAUGGCAGUGCAGCCCCGCCGCAGCCCAAACUUCCGGCAGCCAGGCUGUGGGAUGGCAACCACUGGCACAUCAGCCCUCUCUGCUGGGGUAAGUGCCCCAGGGAGGGCAAAUUCACCGGCGAGAGGUCUGACCGCUUCCAGGAGCUGUUUCAAUCUCUCCCCCCCCCUUUGGAUGGGGCUCUAAGCCUGUUAUUGCCUUCAGCGGGUUUUGAAAGUGCGACUGCGCUCUGGACGGCACCGUGACGUUUCUCAGCGGCACCCCAUGUUACCUUUUUCAUCUCUACAGUAAUUUAUUAAAUACAUAAUUUAACUGUAAGUCUCUCCUCCCUUUCCAUCGCUUUGAUUUACAUAAUUUAAUUGCUACGAUGAAGGUGUCCCCCCCCCCCCCCGUUAUGAAGGAUAAUCCGGCAAAACCCUACCUGCCAGAUUAGCUGCACUGUGCUUUCGUUCCGCAAUCGUUUUCAGAAAUCAAAAUCCCCGCGCCCACCUUUUAAAGUGUCCAAUGCCCUUUCUGCCCCUUGUAAAGUGCAGUCAAGUCGCAGCUGACUCGUGGCGACCUUGUGGGGCAUCCAAGCAAGAGACUAAGGCCCCUUCCGCGCAUGCAGAAUAAUGCCCUUUCAAUCCACUUUCGCAAAUGUUUGCAAGUGGACCUUGCUAUUCCGCACAGUAAAACCAGUUGCAAAGUGGAUUGAAAGCGGAUUGAAAGUGUAUUAUUCUGCAUGUGCGGAAGGGGUCCAAACAGAGGUGGUUUACCGCAGUCUUCCCCUGCGUAGCUACCAUGGACUUCCUUGCUGGUGGUCUCCCAUCCAAGUACUAACCAGUACUGAGAAGAGAAAAAGAAGAAGAGUUUGGAUUUAUAUCCCGCCUUUCUCUCCUAUAAGGAGAC